UUUUUCCAGUGUUUCUUUGACAAUCCGUAAUGUCCCACAAGUGAAAAAAGGCUUAUUGAACUUUAAGUGAUUAAAAUUUAUUUUUAUUUGUGCCUUUUCUUUUAAAUUAUUUUUUUGAUUAAAUAUUGUUUUAAGUGAGGUGAAAAAAUUUGUUAUUGUUAUUUUUGCUUUUAUACUUUACCUAUUUAUUUUUUAAUUUUUUAAAAUUUUCAAAAAACUUUAGGGACUUUUUGAAUGAAUCCUUCAACAUCUACUAAAUUUACUUUACUUCACAAAAUAUUGUUCAACCGUUCAAUUUACUUAACUCGGUCAGCUUCAUUUUUGCCCAAUGAUGUUAUUGAAUCCUCUUCUUUGCACGAAGAAAUCCCUGGAAAUGAACCGAAACAUGUUCAUGAAAUGGUUGGAAGGAAACGUUUGACUCGAGUAGUUUAUGGAUCUGGCCUUUGCUCAACUGGCGCUUUAGCAAUAGAAAAGCUUUUGACGCCGCCUGUGCUUAAACAAUGCUUAUUUCAACCUAUGCGUAUUAUACGUAUGAACACAAGAAAAAUCCGUUUUAUUGCUGCUGGCUGUGGAUUUUCUUUAUUUGCUUCUAAUAAUGAACUUUACGGAUCAGGCCUAAAUAAUUUUUAUCAAAUUUCUGGACCGAAGAGAAGAGACGAAGAUGAAAGGCCAAAUUUAGAAAGUGGUUAUGCUGGAAGGAAUGAAGCAGAAAUGUGGUAUAUACACGGAAGGAGGAUAGUUUUACCCGAAGAUAUGGGAAAUAUUCGAUGUAUAAGUGCUGGACGGAUGCAUUCUGUAGUGCUCACAGAUUCCAACAAAAUUUUCUGUUUCGGAAGUAAUUCACACGGACAAUGUGGAGCCGAUCCACUCGAUCAUCAAGUUGUUACUCACGAUAAUCAGCAUGUACUUAAAGAAAUGGAUGUUUCAACAAUUUUGGAAGAAGAUGUUGAGAUUGUUAAGGUCCACGCUUCUUUAGACACUUCUUUCGCUUUGUGUUCCAAUGGGAAAUUGUUUGCUUGGGGUUUAGGAACAGAUGGCCAAUUGGGAAAUGGAAAUGAUCAAUUUCAAUGGAAACCUUCUUUGGUUCGAGGUGAUUUGGAAGGUGAAAGAAUUGUGGAAAUUGGUGGAAGUACAGAUACUUUAGUAGCUGUAAAUGAAGACGGGCAUCUGUUUAUUUGGGGGCAAAACGAAUAUGGGCAAAUGUGUUCAAUAACUGAUGAACCUCAGGGAAAAUUGUUGGAGCUGAAGCAACUGGAUAUUGUUUGUAAUUCUGACGGUCAAGUCUUCACUUGGGGUUCUCAUGUACUCGGUUUUGGACCCAAAGUUGAAAAGUUAACAAAGCCAAUGCAAAUUGACCCGCCUUUAUUUACUUCGGCAAUGAAUGAAAAAAAUUGGGUUGUUAAGGUUUUUGCUGGAGGAAGUUGUAUGGGAGCAUUAACUGAAGCUGGACAUUUGUUCACUUGGGGUUCAAACAAACACGGUGUUUUGGCACUUUCACAUCGAAAUCAUCAAUAUUUCCCUUUCCAGGUUUCUUUUGCUGAAAGUAUUAAAGAUGCAUCUUUUGGCCCACAUCAUUCGUUAUUUUUGACAAAUAAAGUUUAA